AGAGAGAAGAAGAAGAAGAAGAAGAAGAAGAAACGAGGAGGACAGAUAGAGAGAUGAAAAAUUGAGAAUGGAGAGAGAGAAGGAGAGAGAGGUUGAGCUAGAGAGCGCAAUGUACACAAACUGUUUGUUACUAGGGCUUGAUCCGUCGAUCAUUGGCAUCGUAGGCAAUAACAGUAACCCUCGAGUCGGAUUUUUUCGCCAUUCAAAUCCGAAGUUGGGCGAACAGCUUCUUUAUUUCAUCUUAUCUUCUCUUAGAGGCCCAAUUCAAUCUGCAAAGGAUUUUGAUAAGGUAUGGCCGAUCUUUGAUUCUGCACAGUCCCGGGACUUCCGUAAGGUUGUCCAGGGGAUUAUAAAUGAGCUCGAAUCGCAAGGGGCACUUCCGAGAAGCAAUUCAAGGGUUUCCUCCCUCGCAACUUGUUGCGGGCCGAGAUUUGUUGAACUUCUAUGGCAACUUUCUUUGCAUGCUUUACGAGAGGUUCACAGAAGAACUUUUGCGGCUGACGUAGCUUCUAACCCUCUGCCUGCUUCAUUGACAGAUGUAGCAUUUUCACAUGCAGCUACAUUACUUCCUGUGACAAAGGCUAGGAUAGCUCUUGAGCGAAGGAAGUUUCUUAAAAAUGCAGAAACAGCUGUCCAUAGACAAACCAUAUGGUCAAACUUGGCUCAUGAAAUGACAGCUGAAUUUCGCGGUCUUUGUGCCGAAGAGGCUUAUUUGCAGCAAGAGCUGGAAAAAUUACAGGACUUAAGAAAUAAUUCAAAGUUGGAAGGGGAACUAUGGGAUGACCGUGUCUCUAGCCCUUUGGGUCAGAACUCACAUUUGGUUUCCAAGGCAACUCGCCUAUGGGAGUCUUUAUUAGCUCGUAAGAGUCAACAUGAAGUUCUUGCUUCAGGCCCAAUUGAGGAUUUGAUUGCCCAUCGUGAGCAUAGGUACCGCAUUUCUGGAUCAUCCUUGCUUGCUGCCAUGGAUCAAAGUUCUCAGGUUCCACAUCCAGAUGUAUCAUCUGGUCAGCCUGGUAAUCUUACUUCGGCCAAAACAGAUGCUAGAGAACCGAUAAAUGGGUCAUUUCCCAAUGUGAAUAAGGAAAAACAGAAAAGCUGUUCAGAUUCAAGUCAUUUACAAGUAAAUGAAGAAACACAUUCUAAGGUGGAUGAUAGAAGUGGAAGGGUCCACCCAACUGUUGAUGUCGCGGAAAUUCUUAGACGUUGGACACAUGCUCUACAACGUAUUCAUAAGCAGUCACUUUAUUUGGCCAAGGCUAAUGAUGGAGAGGGUCCAGAGCUUUUACGAAGUGCGCAUGAUGGUGGUACUAGUGGUCAUGUUGAAUCUUUAGCAGCAACCCUUGCGGAACAUCGGCAGCAUUUAGCUAGUAUACAGGUGCUCAUUAACCAACUGAAGGAAGUUGCUCCAGCAACACAGAAAUCAAUUUCAGAGCUAACUGAAGAAGUGAACAAUAUUUCAUCUGCUCAUCUUCCAAUUACCAAAAAUCAUGGCAGAUCUACCUCACCUAUGCAAGCUCAAAGUAGUGGAAGAUCUGUGGAAAAUGGCAUCGAUGAGGUUGCAGAUAUGACUUCAAAAUUGUUGAAUGUUCAUCUUGAUAAGGUUUCAGCAAGCCCUCCUGCUUUGAAACUCCCGCAUUUGUUUAGUUUGACCCCAAAUUCUUCUGUGAAAGGAGGACAUAUCCAAAAGCGUCAAACUUUGGUUUCCCAAGCCAGCCAAGUGGAAAAUUUGUCAGAAGAGAAAUUUCUGGACCAGCCUUCAUCAAACAAUCACGUUGAUAUUUUGUCUCAAGAUAGUGACAGUUCUUACAUCCAGAACUUGAGGAGAUCUGUUCGGGAAGCAGCCCUUUCAGUGCAAUCCUGCAAUGUGGACUCCACAUCAGAUAAUCAAUCUGAUGGCAACUCAGAACAUUUUUUUGUACCGCUUUCAGGGACUGGAUUAUCUCGGAUUGGACCACCAGAAACCAAAUUAGUUGCAAUUAGGAGCAAAAGGCUGUUUGUGUCUCCAUCAGACCCCACUUGCUUACGUGGGAAUUAUGUCUCUGAGGUUCCUGCUAGGAGCAAUUAUGAUGAUACACGAAAUAGGUUGAAUGAUACAGAUUCACCACAUCAGUAUGGCAGUGAAGCUAAUGGAUUCCUCUCAGUUAUUGGUUCCAAGUAUGCUGCUUCUGAUGCAGAAAGGGCAUUUUAUGACAUGGAUGAUACUCCAGAUCAGGUCUUCUCACCUCCAUUGCUAAUGGAGACAUCACUGUUCUCAGACUUGGAUUCAUAUGAGGACUUGCUUGCACCAUUGUCUGAAACUGACACAGCUUUAAUGGAGUGCUGAGAAGUUUGGCUUGUACGGCAGUUAUAUGGAGGGGCUAAAUCCAAUCAUAACACGCUUCAGUCUCUGGAAUGGGUUGCUGUUUAUUAUGACACUUAGUUUAUCAUAAUUCCUCCUCUCCCAUUACUUUCUGCGAGACCCACUGCUUUUAUGAUUUUGUUGUGUAUUAUUUUGGUUCUGUUUUUCCUCUCUAAUAUUUAGUGUCAUUACAUCUGAAAUGUUAUGGUUUUGAGUUCAAUAAAAA